AAAUAAAAACGGGAAACCCCGUACGUAUGGUAGACGAAAUUGCCUGCCAUGUGCAUGAUGUGUGUUGGAACUGAAAGAUAAAUAUUUUUGUGAAAAACUGUAAAAAUGAUUCUGACAGCUAUCAAUAUACCAACAGGAGGCGUUCGACACGUUCAAGAUGAAACUGUUGCAUUUGUUGAUGAUAAGAGUCUGGGAAGUGGGUCAUUAUACGUAACUGAAAGUUUGUUGACGUGGAGGACGAGUAGUGGACAGGGAUUUUCCCUUCAGUAUCCAGCUAUCAGUCUCCACGCUGUCUCCCGAGACCUGACAGCUUUUUCACAGGAGUGUCUGUAUUUAAUGGUGGAUGGUAAACUAACAGAAGACACAGAGUGUGGUCAGAGAUCCUCGUCUGAGGAGGAAGUGGUGGGGCCCUAUGAGGGGGACACGCCCACAACAGAGGUCCGAUUUGUCCCAGCUGACAAGGGCUCUUUGGAUGCCAUGUUCAAUGCUAUGUCUGACUGCCAGGCCUUACAUCCAGAUGAACAAGACACUGACUCUGAAGCAGAAGAGUACGAUGCCAAUUAUUAUGAGGGGGAGGAGGGGGAGCAGCACCUGACAAUGGAGGGACAGAGAACGUUACAACAUCUGGAGAACUUACUGAUUAACGGACAGGGGGACGGAGGAACUCACCAAAACACCAACGGUAACGAAGGAAAUCCAGAUCCAAUGGAGCAUGACCAGUUUGCUGAUGCUGAUCAGUGAUGUAAAUAAACCUGCCUCAAUUCUGAACAGAAGCCGACAGAACAUUAACACUUCUCCAAAGAGAGGGGGUCCAUUUAUUCUCCAAAGAGAGGGGGUCCAUUUAUGCAGAAAUGUGUUAGAUGGUUGGAUACAUGUCAUAACAUUGAAAUGUGCAUAUUAUUUGACCAACACAGUGAUUCGUCAUUGAUCCUAAGAUACGGAAUUACUAUGUUUAUGUACAUAUAUGGCAUACUGGCAGCAUUCUAUGUUAUUUUUGACAUCCUUGUAUAAAAUCACCCCUGUAAUUUUAUCAUUCAUAAACAUUUACCAUAAAUUUGUAUUUUGUUGGAUUUUUUAAGAGCAUUUUUAUGAGAAAUAUUUUCAAAUACACAAACAAAUGUUCUCAAAUUUGGAAAUCUGGUGUUAAAGUGAAGGAGUGCCUCCAAUAGUUCCGUUUUGUUAAAAUUCAGGUCUAAAAAGGUCUAUUUCUGAGUUUUCCAUCAUUACUGCAACUCUCUUGAUUUACUCAAAUUUUUUUAUGGUAUAUGACUCCCCAAUUACGCUCCACAAUUUUAAUAAAAAAAAUGCCAACUCUUCUAAAUUUUGGAGUUUCAAACUUUUUCAGUUUUAAGGUUUUUUUAGAAAAAUGAAGCAGUAAAACUCUUGGGUGAUAAAAAAUCAUCUAUAUAUUAAGUACUGAAAUACAAUUCUCAAUUGUAUUCUGGGGUUUCUUAAGCAUUUAUAUCAUAAGAAGUGAUCUGACAAGCUGGUAAUACCAUGGAUUUCUCCUUGUGUAGCCCAUAGCCAGCAUAUCAUCAUGUCUGUGUUGAGUAUUGUACAUGUAUUAAGGAAUGUACUCCGAGCACAAUGUUGAGUUUAAUGUAAAUUCACUCAUAAAUUUAGCAUUAAAAGCGGACAAUCUGCAUAAAAGUCAAAUCAAUAUUGGAAAUUUUCAUAGAAAACUAUGGAUGACAAUUGUUUUUAAGUAGGCAGGUCUGAUAUGGGUGAACUGGAAAAUUCAAGUGGAUUCACAUUUUUAUGCCUCUUUUGUAAGCUACUCCCUUAUAACAACCAAAAGUUAAUUGUGUUCAACAAAUGCAUUGCAUGAUGUGCUUUAUUAUUUUGAAAUGUAGACAUGGUAUGGUUGUAAACAGCAUAUUGAAUUGUUAAAGAUUAAUUU